ACACCAGUCAAUUCACUUCACCAAAAAUAAAAAAAAAUAAAAGAUCCCCACGCACUACCAUCACAACUCUUCUUCUCCUUACAACAAAUCUCACAAACCCUACUUUUUCUUUUCCUUCCUGUCUCUCUGUCCAAACACAAAAAAGAAAAAAUCACGCCCAGAUAUCGUUUUUGCCUUUAAUUAUAAUCCGAGAAGGACCCAGAUGAUGAUACAAAGAAGAUGAUGAUGUCGAUGGAGGUUUGUUAAUUUUUGUUUUGCCGAUUAUUCAAGCUGAUAAUAAUGGAUAAUACUCAAGAUCAUCGUCGUCGUCAUCAUCAUCAAGGUCUCAUCCAAAGCCAAAAACAGGAAGGAGCUUCUUCCCUGCAACUCGUUUCUCUUGACACCCAACCGGCAGCACAUGGGUCUAGUCAGGCCCCAGCUCAUGUCUCCUUCAUGGGCUCCAUCUCUAACCAACACCUCUCUGCUACUACUUCUUCUUCUUCUUCCUCUUCUUCAUCAACUUCUGCUACAACUCUCUCCACCACUACUGUUAAAACCGCCGCUAAACGACCUUCCAAGGACCGCCACACCAAAGUCGAUGGCCGCGGCCGCCGCAUCCGGAUGCCGGCUAUCUGCGCCGCUAGAGUCUUUCAGCUCACCCGGGAGUUGGGUCAUAAAUCCGACGGCGAAACCAUCGAGUGGCUCCUCCAACAAGCUGAACCUGCCAUCAUCGCUGCUACCGGCACCGGCACGAUUCCGGCCAACUUUUCUACUCUUAACGUCUCUUUAAGAAGCAGCGGCGCAAACAUCUCUGCUCCUCCUUCCAAAUCCGCUCCUCUGUCGUUUCACAGCGCUUCUCUCUCUUUGUACGACGGGAAUGGAUCGUCGGCCGAGAAUCAAGCUCGGAAGUUUCUGAACUCACCUGCUACCAUGCUAGGUUUCCAUCCUCACCAGCUUUACCCUCAAAUCCUGAGCUCCGAUGCAGCUUCUAUGAGAAUCAACAAUGCCAGCGACACCACUUCUUCUAGCUUGACCAGGCCCUACAGAGAAGAUCUUUUCAAAGAACAAUCCCCUCAACAGCACGGCGAUCCCGCCGCUGAAAAUUCUCCGGGAGCAGCUAAAUCGACGGGGAGAACCGGAUCGGUUCAAGAACGAGAACCCGGUUCCGUUCGAGCCUCGAACAUUUUACCCACUCCCGCUAUGUGGGCAGUUGCACCGGCGACGACAAAUGGCGGGAACGCGUUCUGGAUGCUUCCGGUGAGUGGCGGCGGGGGAAGCUCGACGACGGUGGGGGAACCGGGGAUGUGGACUUUUCCUGGUCAUUACUCUGGCGGAGGAAGGAUGAGCCCGGUUCAAUUCGGAUCGAUGCUAGUGCAGCAGCCAAUGGGAGGUCAGCAACUGGGGCUGGGAGUUACAGAAAGUAACAUGGGCAUACUGGGCGGUGGUGUUGGUGGUUAUGGCGGCAGUCGGGUCGGGUUGGCCAUGAAUUUGGAGCAGCACCAGCAACAACAACAUCAUCAUCAUCAUCAUCAUCAACAACAACAUGAAAACCAGACUCAAGCUAGUGAUAGUGGAGAUGAUGAUGAAAACCCUACAGGUUCUCAAUAAUAAUAAAUAUAACUGAAGAAUAAUAUCUUAAUUAUCAAUUUUCUGUUCUUGUUUAAUUAAUUAUUGGGAUUUGUUUGUUUGUUUUUUU